AUGACCAAAAAGCAGCCUACCACCAUAAAGGAGUUGGCAAAGUUCUUGUCAGAGCUUUCUACAAAGUUAGACGUAAUAGACACCAACGUGAACAAAGGACCAUUGGGAAUGUCACAAUCUAUGACCUUCAUGAACAAGGGAUUCAAUAAGUUUAAGGCAACAAUGGCUAGUGUCACAAAAGAAAUAAACCAGCUAAAAGCCGAGCUACAACAGCUGAAAAAAGAAAACCAAGAUCUUCCCAAAGAGCUCGAAGACACGAAGCGCAACCUUGUGAAGAUGAAGCACUACUGUCAUGGAAACCUAAAAACUAAAGGCAUUCCACAUAGCCCUCAUGAGAAUCCUGCCGAGAUGAUCACCGCAAUCGGAGGCGCAAUAGGCGUUGAGAUUGCAAGCACAGACAUUGACGUUAAUCGUCGAAUGCCCACAAAGAACCAGGCGAAACCAAAUGUGAUUGUACGGUUUCUCUCCCACAACGUCCGUGAUAAAGUCCUAAUGUCCGCGAAACAAUGCAGGCCGACGUCAGAUGCUGGUUUCGAACAUUCAGAACCAGUGUACGAAAAUGAACAUCUAUGCCCGGAGAACAAAUUGUUGCUUGGGAAAGUCACCGAGAAAAAGAAGGCCAAUAACUGGGAAUUUCUGUGGGUGUCUCAAGGAAAAAUACUAAUGAAGAAAGCCGAAAACUCCGGUGUAGUACAAAUCAUCAGUGAAGCUGAUCUUGCUGAUUGUGUAACUGACUAA